AUGAAGAUGUUAGAUGCUUGGGAUAUCUUAUUGUCAAAGUUAGAAGAUUUUUCAGUUCGAGGUAUAAAGUUCUAUACACCUUCUCCAAACUUCUAUUCUAUCUUCACUGGAUAUAAAUACGAACAAGUAGAAUGGAAAGAAAAUAUUAUAGAAGCUUGGUUAGACCAUGUCAAAGAAAUUAUAUGCAAUGGAAACGAAAAGGUUUAUGAGUAUAUCUUAUGUUGGUUUGCAAACAUCUUACAACAUCCAAGUGCUAAAAAUGAAACUGCUCUCAUUAUAAUUGGAAAACAAGGAACAGGUAAGAAUACUUUCUUUACAGAUAUCUUAUGCAAACUAUUAGAAGGUUAUUCGAACCCGAAUAUGACAAACUUAGAAAACAUCUGUGGCAAGUUUAACUCCUCAAUAGAGAAUAUGAAACUUAUAGUAUGUAACGAACUUCAAAGUAUAGAUACAACAAAAGUUUUGAACUCAGAUGCUUUGAAGAGUCUUAUAACAGACAAAGUUGGAGUUGUUGAAAGAAAAUAUAAAGACCAAAGAGUUUGUGAAAAUGUUGCAAACUUCAUUAUGGUUUCAAACAAUGCUGUUCCGAUGAAGUUAGAAAGUUCUGACAGAAGAUAUGUAGUUGUCAGAACGUCAGAUUCUCAUAUGCAAGAUACAGAAUAUUUUGACGACUUAGCAGAAACUUUGACACCUAACUUUUACAACCACUU